AUUCCUUCUCUCUCGCCAUUAGAAAUAGCUAGUGGAAAAUUUCGUGAAAGAAGAACGAGAAGUGGACGGAUCGCAUCUAUGACCGGGGCGCAUGCGUCUCUACUCUACACAAUGUACAAGCAGAGAGAGAGAGAGAGAGAGAGAGAGAGGGGGGCAUCGAUUGGGAACGGUCAGAGUUGGAGGUCACAGAACAGAACCGCAUACAGCUGUGGCUGGCGGCGCUGCGCGGUGACUGCCGUGAGUUCAAUCUUCGACUUCGACUCUUCAGUCGUUUGUAAAUCGCCGAAUAAGACGGAAUGGUGUCUGACGCCAUCUGACGGAGAGCGACCGAGUACCAAACGGAACGACGAUAUAAGUGACAAUUUGGAGGAGUAAUCGAAACUCAUUCUCCUUUGCUCGCGUUUAGAUUGAAGCCCGCAGAGCCGUUCACCGGUUGUUGCCCAGGUCAGGCGAGAAACCGAAUCGGUAGUAACGCGAUUUCGCCAACGUUUCUCUCGCUGGCCGCCCCGCUGCCCCCCCCCCCUCCGUUCAUCCGCUGUCGUGUUGGGUGGGAGCGGAGGAAGCGCCACUUCGUUAACUGUCCGGGGUUGACGUCUGACGACGGUAACUGGUAACAACGUCGACAAAGAGACGACGAAACGGACGAAUACGUGUGUGUACCGUGUGUUCUACGCUUGAACGGUUGAAUACGCUCGUAACCCGCAGAAACGAACGAGAGGCGCCAAGGAGGCCACGCGGGGCGACGUCACUUAGCUCGGACUAUGUGAAAAUGGAUUUUAAGAGCGUGGUGUACAACGCCGCGAGGGACGGCAAGCUCAAGCGCCUCAAGGUAUUUCUGGAACAUCGAGGCAAAGAUGAGGUAGGACAACUAGUCGGUGCCAAAACCCAUGGCGCAACACCCUUAGUCAUGGCAUGUCGAAACGGACAUUACGACGUGGCGGAGUACCUCAUCGAAAAAUGUGGGGCAGACGUGGAACAGCCUGGAUCAGUGGUCUUCGAGGGCGAGACGAUUGAGGGUGCACCACCCCUAUGGUGCGCGGCGGCUGCUGGUCACUUAAACCUAGUCAAGUUGUUAGUAAAACGAGGAGCCAAGGUAAACUCGAUCACGAAAACGAAUUCUACACCCCUCCGUGCUGCGUGCUUCGAUGGCCAUUACGAUAUCGUUAAAUUUUUAGUGCAACACGGUGCAGAUAUCGAGAUGGCGAAUCGACAUGGGCACACAUGCUUGAUGAUCGCGUGUUACCGAGGUCAUGUUAAAAUCGCCAAGUUCCUACUCGCCCUAAAAGCGGACGCAAAUCGCAAGUCCGUGAAGGGCAAUACGGCGUUACACGAUUGUGCUGAGAGCGGAUCUUUGGAGAUAUUGAAGAUACUUGUCGAACACGGCGCCCAGAUGGACGUGGACUCUUAUGGAAUGACGCCACUCCUCGCGGCAGCAGUAACAGGUCAUACGCAUAUCGUCGAGUAUCUCAUAGGCAUUCCGCAACUGUUCAGCAGGAAAGAACGUAUCGAUGCGUUGGAGUUGCUCGGAGCCACGUUUGUAGACAAAAAAAGGGACAUGAUUGGCGCUCUGCAGUUCUGGAAGCGUGCCAUGAACGAACGAUAUCGGGGAGACGGACCAGUGAUAUCAAAGCCCGAAUCUCCGCCACUUGUAGCCGCUUAUGAUUUCGCUCGAGAAGUAAUCGACCCCGAAGCUUUGGACGAUCUGUUAGCAGAUCCAGAUGAAAUGCGCAUGCAAGCGCUGGUCAUCAGAGAACGAAUAUUAGGGCCAGCUCAUCCAGACACUAGUUAUUACAUUAGAUAUCGCGGAGCUGUCUAUGCAGAUGCGGGUAAAUUCCGUCGCUGCAUCGAACUAUGGAAUUACGCUCUCGACAUGCAGCAGAGCAUGCUAGAACCGCUAAAUCCUAUGACGCAAAGCUCUCUAUUUAGUUUUACUGAACUCUUCAGUUUUAUGGUAGGCGAAGAAGGUAAACAAACAACUCGGGGUCGCAGAGUACCACCAGCAAAAAGAGAAGAUCUUUUGAGAGUUUUUGAGAAAGCUGUUAACGAGGUAGCGAAAGGAAAACAAAUGUUGGAUAAGAUGGGCGAUCUGACAUGCGAGCGUGAUUUAACGUAUUUGAACAGAGUUCUCGUUAUCACUUUACACUUGGCGUGCUUAUUAACGCGUGAAACCGGAGAAAAGAAUAGCGAGGAAUACAACGUCUUACACAAAGAGCUCUACAAAUUAGUCCGAAUAAAAGCCAAAGGUAGACAGGGCCGCGACGCGCUGCAAUUAGUUCACAGCGAAGACAGUGCACUGGUUGGUAGGUAUCCCACAUGUAAGUUUCCAUCUUCUCAUUUGACCAAGGCUCUGCUGAGAGUGGGCGCGGAUGUAACUGCCAGGGAUAAUGACGGUAAUACGGCUCUGCACCUUACUGCGCUGUUGCAUCCUUGGCGACCGAUCCUAUCGGUCGACCUGCUCGAUGCCGGUGCGCAUCUAGACGCGGUAAACAACGACGGCAAGACGUUCCAGAUGUUAUUGUGCAAUAAGGAGCUUUACGAUUCGAUUUGCCCAUUGAGGUAUACCACGCUCACGUGUCUGGCCGCGCGAGUAGUCAAAAAGAUGAGACAGACAAUGAACAGAGUACCCGCACAUCUUCACGCCUUUGUCGAAAUGCACUAAUAAUGUCCCGAUAAGAUACCGCUGCAGUGAAACACCGUACCAGACACAUUACUAAUUGAGAAAGUGUUACGGUUGCAAAAAGCAAAUUCGGGCCGAUUCAUAAUUCAUUUUAGCAUAUAUUCACCUUCUUGUACAAGAAAGUAGGCAAGCGAGACAAGUAUUGGAGUGUGAGGUCUAAGAUAGCUCGGUUGGAUGAGUGGCCCGGAUUUUAUUCCCGACCUAGUUUUCUCGCCCUGAUAUUUUUUCGCUAAGAAUAAUGUACGUAGCGCAUUUUAAUGGCAACCUCUCCGAAGGUAUACAUCUCUGUACUGUAUUUAGGAUCUUUCAAAAUCGCUUAUUUCUGGAUUUUUUUUAUAAGGAUGAUUUUGAAAUAUUCCGUAUAAAAUUCAUUAAACAGAGAUACCAAGAUUAUUCUUGGAAAGCACAAGCCUUCUGAUUGACGAUAUAAUACGAAACACACGCAUGACCCCAACAAGAUAUUUUGACAGAUUUUUUUCGUAUAAAAUAUAUUUCGCAAUAAGAUUUUCGCAAACAAAAAGUAUUUCUUUUAUUUAAUCAAUUCGAAAAUUCUAAAAUGCGAGCCGUCGUUAUUGGUGUACAGAAAGACUUCGUUGAAUUGUCCAAUUUAUAUUAAAAAAAUCAAUAUGUAACACAAACGUUCCGAUUCAUCGAUUUGUGAAUCCUCCUCAGUGUAUAUAAUUAAACAAGAUUAGUCAAAAUACAGCAGAUUUCAUGUCAACAGUCUCAAUGUCAUUAUCAUUCUCCUCCCGUCAGUCAAUAAUUAAAACCAACAAAAUGUAACCUGGUGUAAUUUAUAUUAGUCAUUGAUAGUCAAUUAAAAAAGAAAUGUUAAAAACUUACUGAAAUGAGAACGAACAAAUUUCACCGAUCCAUUGAAACUUGUAAAAUUUGAACUAGCUUGUGCGACAACAGAUUUUAAACGAAAUAUAAACUGCUAAUGUUUAUCAUAUGUAAGACGGAUAUACAUAUCGCUGACCUCACUUUACUGUAGAUAUAAGUGUGUUUUAUAUCGAUAAGAUCUUUAAAGAGCUCGUAAUCAAUUUUUUAACAAAUCAGUUCAAAGUAAAUUGGAUCUAGAAGGUCCGUAUAACUUUAUAAAUUCAAAGCGUUUUUUUUGUUUCUUGAUAUGAAUCAUUUCCGAUAUUAAACUUUUUUUUCAAGUUGAAUCUCAUUUCAAAUUUUAGCAUUAUCCCAAUCAAAUUCAUGGGCGCAUCUCGAACGAUAUUCUGUAAUAACUGACUUAUAAUUGUCAAUCUUUCUAAUGCCAUUCUUGUUCAAAUUUUACAAGUUUUAAUGGAUCGAUGAAACUUGUUUGUUUUCCUUAUCUCAGUAGUUUUUAACAUUUCUUUUUUAAUUAUUCAUUACUAAUGACUAAUAUAAAUUACAUUAGGUUAUACAUCUUAUUGGUUUUAAUUAUUGACCGAUGGAAAAAUACUAACAAUGGUACUGAAACCAUAUGAAAUUUAUUAAGUACAGAAAAGAUUAAUAUGAAAUCUUCUGUAUUUUUAUCAAUUUUGUUUAAUUAACUAUAUACACUAAGGAGGAUUCAAAUCGAUGGAUCGAAACGUUAACUUAUUAAUUCUUUUAAUACAAAUUGGACAAUUCAACGAAAUCUUCCUUUUUUACGCACCAACAACGGCAGCUCACAUAGGCAUUUUAGAAUUUUCGGAUUGAUUUAAUUCAUCGAAGCCUUAUUUAUAUUUCUUUUUAUUUUUUAUUUAAGUUGACAACUUUCUUUUUACGCUUUGUAUUUCAUUUAUUCAGUCUAAAGAAAAUUCUAAAUACAUGCGUCUUUAAAGAUUGCGGGAAUUAUAUUCUACUAUUAAAAAGUUCUAUAUUCCAUAAAAUGAAAUAAUAUAAUUCUUUAUAAAAGUCAUUCAUAUCGGCCCUUUGUUUUCUAUAUUUCUUAAGCAAAAGUUAAAACUUCGAACAUAUAAAUAUAAAAUAGAAAAUGUUUUAUAUCAGAUGGUAUAGUUGUUUUAAUACUAUUCCAUAUUUUAUAAUAAUUGUCUUAGCAACAUAAUCAAAAACAUCUACUAAACGCCCGAGAAAUGGGCUCUAAAAUCUGCAUAAUGUGCUACAUUUUUCUUCUCUUUUCCUUUAACAUUUGUGUAAAUUAGUUACAAAUUAUAUAAUGUAUAUGAAGAUUCAGUGCCGGCGUUAAGGGGGGAGGGAACGCGGUCGGGCGAUCGUCCAGAGCGCCAGAUCUGUAGAGGCGCCGCUACCCGGUGCCCCUAAUAUGCGGAUCGAGCCCCUGAAUGGGCGCCAUGAUAAUCUUGCCCGGGGUGUUAAUAUUGCAAAAAAAAAACCGGCACUGUAAGGAUUCCUAGAAAUCAUUUCAAUAUGAAACAUUUUUUGUCGAUUGUAUAAAUAUUAUCUUAUGCUGUUCCACAAGAUGCAACAUGUAUCAUGACUAUGUAUAAAAAUUAGAUUCAUUAUUUAGGUUAGAUUCAUUUUUAAUGAAUUUUAUAUAGAAAAAAGCCAUAAAUGAGGAUCUUUAUUUUUUUUAAUUAUCUAAGCAGAUCAUACUUUUAUCAAUAUUCAUACACUGCAAUGUUUUCGAGAAAUAAGAGGGUGCCACUUUGCUAUACUAGUAUUGGCAACUUAUGUAUAUACAUAUAUAUUUUUUAAUAUAAUUAUGGUGAUUUAUAAAAAAAAUAUUUUUUAAAAAAGAAUUUUUUAAAAACUAAAAAAUUAAAUUAAAACAGAAAACCUGACUCUGAUCUAUUUUUAUUUCAAUUAAUCUUUAUGUUUUGUUAAUUAUUCAAUCAAACUUUUUUUAUUAUUCAAAAAUCAAUUGGCAUUAUUGAUGUUUCUGUUCAAAAUUACUGAGCAUCUUUAAUCUCUUGCUUGCCAUUAUUUUCGAUUGAUAUUAGUAAAUAAAUAUGACGAUAUAUUUUGAUAGAUUUCUUCGAUAUUAUUGUGCGAUGACACAAAAAAGAGAUGAAUGAGCUUCUUGAUGAAUGAGCUAUCGAGUAACUACUGGUAUUGCAGCAAAGUGAUAACGCAGAUAUUGUGUGAUUUUGUUACUGGUAAUUUUUAUAAUUAAAAGUCUCUCCCUUAUACAACCCCACGCAAGCCAUAUUACACACACACACACACACACACACAAAAUAACGCUAAAUAACAUAAAUGUGCGUUGAAUUUAAGUGUAUUAGCUUAGAAAAAUGACUUUUUACCUUGCUGUAUAAAUAAAUAAAGAGAAAAACAUUUGUAAUAAA